AUGGCGGGCACGGCGGCAGCAGGUGGGCGGCCUCCCCGGGUGAGCAUGCUGGAGCACAUGGCCAUCGAUGUGAGCCCGGGCCCCAUCCGGCCCAUCCGCCUCAUCUCCCACUACUUCCCGCACUUUUACCCUUUGACGGAGCCUACCCUGCACCCUCCGGACCAGCGCCCCGCGGCGGCGUCCACCAUCCGCUCUGCACCCCAGCCGCAGCCCGACCCAGAGCCAGAGAGAGACUCAGACGACAGCACUGCCCUGGCCACCCUGGAGUUCACACUUCUUUUUGAUGCGGACAACAGUGCCUUGCACUGCACAGUUCAUCGUGCCAAGGGCCUCAAGCCGUUGGCCUCAGGCUCCGUGGACACCUAUGUCAAAGCGAAUCUGCUGCCAGGGAACAGCAAGGCCAGCCAGCUUCGGACACGCACCAUUUGAGGUACGAGGGUACCUGUCUGGGAGGAGACACUCACCUAUCACGGCUUCACCCGCCAGGAUGCUGCGUGCAAGACCCUUAGGCUGUGUGUGUGCGAGGACCCAUGGCUGCGGCGACGGCGGCGGGUACCUCCCCUAGGGGAGCUGCAGGUGCCCCUGAGGAAGCUGGUGCCAAACCGAGCCAGGAGCUUCGACAUCUAUCUGGAGAAGCGGAGGCUGGCCAAGAGGCCCAAGAGCCUGGACACAGCCCGCGGCAUGUCCCUCUAUGAGGAGGAGGUGGAGACAGAGGUGGCCUGGGAGGAACAUGGGCGCAUCCUGCUGUCACUGUGCUACAGCUCUCAGCGGGGUGGCUUGCUGGUGGGUGUGCUGCGCUGCGUCCACCUGGCCCCCAUGGAUGCCAAUGGUUACUCGGACCCCUUUGUGCGCCUUUUCCUGCAUCCAAAUGCAGGGAAGAAAUCUAAAUUCAAGACCAGUGUUCGCAGGAAGACCCUGAACCCCGAGUUCAAUGAGGAAUUCUUCUACUCAGGCCCACGGGAGGAGCUGGCCCAGAAGACGCUGCUAGUGUCUGUGUGGGACUAUGACCUGGGCACGGCUGAUGACUUCAUUGGCGGGGUGCAGCUGGGCAGCCAUGCCAGUGGGGAGUGCCUGCAGCACUGGCUUGAGUGCCUGGGCCACACUGACCACCGCCUGGAGCUGUGGCACCCACUGGACAGCAAGCCUGUCCAGCUCAGCAACUAGCCCAGGGGCCCUGCCUGCCGCCCCUCCACUACAGCUGCCUGAAGCGUCCCCACAAAAAUGAUGGAGGUUGGGGCUGCCUCACCCAUCACGCCCCCCAGUCCCAAGUCAGAGAGGUGUUUCCUCUCUCCCCGCUUUCACAUUCACCGCCCCCCAAUCAUGGAGCCGAAAUAAACAUCUCUUUCA